AACCACUAAAAACAACCUUGAGAAAUACUAGUUCCAAGACAGAUUAUAUAUUAGUACAAAAAUAACUUCAAUAAACUUUUUUUUGUAAAAAAAAUAAAAAUUACUUUACUCCCUCCGUCCAAGAUUAAAGUUCUCACUUUGACUUGGCACGGAGUUUAAUAAAACAGAAAAUUUACUUUGACUUUCCUAAAAUACCCUUCAUUCCUAUCCCUUCUCCUCUUUUCGAUCUUGUCCACCCAUUUUCUUCCGUCUCUGCAAUCGGAUGCCCCCCACCCCAAAUAAGGCCAAAUCUCCUUGCCGCUCUGCCAUUAUUACCGACGGCCGUCACCUAUUCCGAUCCAAUCGGCGCCUCACUGCUCGCCGUCACCUAUGCCUACUCAUUCAAUCGGCGUCUGUACUCAGCCACCAUUGCCGAUUUCUUUGUUAACGCUGACCUCGGAUCUGAAUCGAAAUUCUCAGAUCUAAUGGAGAUGGACAAGAAAGAAGAAGAGUUGAAGAUGGACUGGGCAUUGGACCGGGAAUUGAAGAAGAAGAAGAAGAGGAGAUCGGACCGCCCUUUUACCUCUGACCACUACCACCGCCUCGCGGGUGUUUCUUUACUUAAUCCUUUCUCCAAUUUCGCCCCCCCAUCUCCAGCCAUGCCCGAAGCUUCUACCAUUCUCCAGCCCACUCUUUUCUCUCCUUUCUCCCAUGGAACCCAUUCUGUUCUCACAUGUCGCGCAUUCUUCAGAAGAAACCCUACCGCGCGUUGCUCGAAGCUCCAGGCCCUCCCUUGGGGCUGUGAUACCUAUUCGCUCGAGAACGCCUCUGCUUUCCAGAAAUGGCUGUUGGAUUCUGGUCUUCCUCCCCAGAAAAUGGCCAUACGGAGAGUGGAUGUUGGAGAGAGAGGCCUCGUUGCUCUCAAGAGCAUCAGGAAGGGGGAGAAGCUGCUCUUCGUGCCUCCCUCCCUCGUCAUUACCCCCAAUUCGGAGUGGAGUGUCCCCGAAGCUGGCCGUGUGUUAAAAAGUUAUGAUGUGCCAGAUUGGCCGUUGAUAGCAACAUAUUUGAUCAGUGAGGCAAGCCUGAUGAAGUCUUCAAGAUGGAAUAACUAUAUCUCUGCCUUGCCUAGACAGCCCUACUCGCUUUUAUACUGGACCCGUUCAGAGCUUGACAGAUAUCUUGAAGCAUCACAAAUUAGGGAGAGAGCAAUUGAAAGAGUGAAUGGUGUCGUUGGAACGUACAAUGACUUGAGGCUCAGAAUAUUUUCUAAACAUCCAGAGUUAUUUCCUGAAGAGCUAUUCAAUAUGGAUACCUUUAAAUGGUCGUUCGGCAUCCUCUUUUCACGUUUGGUCCGUUUGCCCUCAAUGAAUGGAAGGGUCGCAUUGGUUCCUUGGGCAGACAUGUUGAACCAUAGUUGCGAGGUGGAAACUUUUCUGGAUUAUGAUGAAUCAUCACAAGGCAUUGUGUUCAAAACUGAUAGGGCAUAUCAGCCAGAUGAACAGGUUUUUAUAUCAUAUGGAAAGAAGUCUAAUGGAGAGCUGUUGCUUUCGUAUGGAUUUGUCCCUAGAGAAGGCACCAAUCCCAAUGAUUCAGUUGAAUUGUCAGUGUCGAUUAACAAGUCUGACAAAUGUUACAAGGAGAAAUUAGAAAUUUUGCAAAAGCACGGGUUAUCCACAUCAGAAAGAUAUCCUGUACAAAUUACUGGGUGGCCAAAGGAGUUGAUGGCUUAUGCUUAUCUAGCAGUCAGCCCCCCGAAGAUGAAUAGAAAAUUCGAAGAGAUGGCUGCUGCUGCAUCAAAUAGGACUCCAUCAUCCAAGAAGGGUAUGAUUCGGUAUUCUGAAAUAGAGGAGGAUGCAUUACAGUAUAUUCUAGAUUGCUGUGAGUCUGCCAUAUCAAAGUACUCCAAAUUCCUUCAGGCGAAUGGCGAAAUGGAUCUGGAUGUAACAAAUCCACAGCAACUUAAUAGAAGGGUGUUUCUCAAACAGCUUGCAAUGGAUUUGUGCACAAGUGAAAGGAGGAUACUAUACCGGGCACAAUAUAUAUUGAGGAGAAAAUUGAGGGACAUAAGGAGUGGUGAACUAAGGGCCUUUCAGAUUUUUAAUGGUCUGAGGAACCUUUUCAAAUAAGAGUGCCCCAUUUCCCUUUUAACUUCAUAGCAAUUACGAGUAUUAGUAUGUCAAUACUCUCAUGUUAGUGUUGGUAUUUUGGUAAUUUGGUAUAUGGAUCUUUAUCGUACCAUCUAUGUCUCAGUGUAUUCUACUUUGUCAUCAUUGCCCAAUAAAGAGGUGUCGUCCUA